GCCUUCACCCACAUCCCAAAGGCCACGCAACCCUUUCUUGUAUCUCUUCUUUUCAAGAUUAGGGUUUUUGUUUUCAAGAAAACGGCAUGGGUGAGAGGCAAACUGGGAAGGUCAAGUGGUUUAGUGACCAAAAGGGUUUUGGUUUCAUAAGCCCAGAUGAUGGCAGCGACGAUCUUUUUGUCCACCAAUCUUCUAUCAAAUCCGAAGGGUAUCGCAGUCUCGGAGAUGGUGAAGAGGUUGAGUUUGUGAUUGAAAACUCUGAUGAUGGCCGUACUAAGGCUGUUGAUGUCACUGCCCCCGGUGGAAACCCAGUUCAGGGUAUCCGAUCCGGAGGCGGCUUUGGCGGUGGCUCUGGGGGCCGCGGAGGGGGCCGCGGCGGCGGCGGCGGAUAUGGAGGUGGAGGAGGAUAUGGAGGAGGAGGUGGUGGGUAUGGAGGUGGAGGUUAUGGUGGAGGUAGGAGGGGUGGUGGCGGUGGUGGGUACGGAGGAGGUGGCGGGUAUGGCGGAGGCGGAGGUGGCGGUGGAGGGUGUUAUAGUUGUGGGGAGUCGGGGCAUAUGGCUAGAGAUUGUCCACAAGGUGGUAGUGGAGGUGGAGGUGGAGGUGGAAGGUAUGGUGGUGGAAACGGUGGUGGAGGAGGUGGAGGGUGUUAUAAUUGUGGUGGGUCUGGUCAUUUUGCUAGGGACUGUCCUAAUAGUGGACGUUGAUUUUAGUGUGAGGAUUGGAAAUAGUAAAAGAAGAUGUGAUUUAUGUCAUGUUUUCUUUUACUAAUUUAUUUCUACCUCUUUUUUUACCAUUGUUUUUUAGUUCUGUUGUCUUCUAGGUGGUCUUAUCGUGGUCGCUCAUUUUGGUUUCCAUUGCUGUUUUUCUAAGAUUUUAAUGAAUGCUUUAUGGUGGUGAUUUCUGCAUGUGUUUGGGUGCUUCUGGUUUAAUUUGUUUUGCGGUUUCAAAUCGGUAUGAUGGUGAUAGGCCUUAAGUAGUAGAGAGGGAUUGGAUCUUGUUGAAGGAAAGAGUUAUCUUGCUUCAAGCUGUAAUCUCUCACUCUUUUUCUAAAGUGUUUAUACACAACAUAUAUGAAUAUACAUGCUGGUUUGAUUCAA